CACACUAUGGGCGUAGGUCAAUCACUUAAACGUUUACGCGCACAAACCUCACGGUGAUGGGUAUGCAGUCUAUUAGUUCAGAUAAAGAAGACAAGGAGGAAGCUGAAAUGGAUCUUCCAGUUUCGUGUAGUUUUACUGAUCAAGCUAAGCAACGUGAAAAUCACCAGAAAAAAAUUAGUAAAACAAUUAUUGAAAAUCGCAUAAAAACCAAAGCACUCCGCAAAGCUAAGCGUGGUGUACGCAAACAAACAGAUGUCUGUCAGUUUAGUGAAAUAGAGCAUCAAGAAAUCCAAUAUAUACCGCUGAAGGAUAAGGAAAAGUCAAAUGAUUAUCUAGAGGAGGAAUUUAACUGUCCGGGAUAUUUUAACCCAUCAGAUCAUCUUCAGUUUGAUGAAGACGAUGGUGAUCAACCUUCCAUACCAAAUAAAUCUCAAUCCUUGGACAUAUCAGCCAGCUGUUCACCAAACGAGAAUGAACUACUAUACAGCAACGAGUCCGAUGAAGGUUAUGAUGGCAGUGAAGAGCACGAUAAGAAGAAAUCAAAGACAAUACUUUUUGACAAUGUUGAUUGUUUUACAAUCAACUCCAACACCUUGAAAUACAAAGGAUCUGAUUUUGAAACACGAAAUCACAAGUCAUGGAAAAAGAUAAACAGGUUGAAUGGGAUUCAUGUUCGAAUGCUGGAUAGCGCAAAUAUUGAAAACACAGCUCGUCAAACAUGUGACAGUUUUCGAAAAAAACUAUUGUAUUCUUCUUCGUAUUCCGGGAGGUAUGGAGAUGUUAAACGAGUCACACCAAGCUUACUGAAAAACUUAUCAAGAAAAAAGAAAGCUAGAGCUGGAAUGCGUUAACUAUUUGGCUAGAAAUCCUGUAAAUAUGAUUUUUAUUUGUUCCAUCAUUAAUUUGGUUAUCGCUCAAUGACGCCAUUCGGUCUACUGCUUAUUAGAGUAACCUGUGUUUAUGUGAUAUAGAGCGCGGUGAUACUUGUAUUUUAGUCAUUGCAGCGUGCAUCUCACUAUCUGAAAAUACGUCUAGUCACUUUUCUUUAGAGAGAUAUAAUUGUAUUAACCAUAAGCCCUAUCCAGACCAAAAUCCUCUUGUUGUCAUGCUUUUACUUAAGAUUCAUCUCCCGCUUAUGAAUGCCACAACUUGACAACUGAGUUACUACCCCGGAAGUUUUGGUAUGAGUUUCUUGGUGUAUUAAGGUUACAUUUAUUUCUCG